UACAAGUGUGGAAAAAAAAAAUUGUGAAUCUUUUGGAGAGUUGGUAGCUCAAAAAGAAAAAACUAAGACAAAGGUAUGGUUAAAAACAAUAAUCAAAAGCAAUGUUUGUUAGGAAAAUGUAUUAUGCCAUUAUAUUAAUAAAAAUUCAAAUUAAAAAUACAUUAAAAACAACGUGAAAAUAGAGAAUCUUUGAUUAUAUAAUGAAAUUUACAUUGAAAUAGGAAUUAAUAAUCUCUAUCCAUUGUAAAAUAUCAUUUGGCACAAAUGACUUUUUUUUCAGCAUUACCUAUCUCCUGCUUAUCUAAAAAGAUGGAAAAUAUCACUUCGUACCUUUAAUAUAGGGUAUAAAUGUUGUAGAAACUGAAUUAGUAUGAUUUAUUUUCAGGUGAAAAAUGAGAUAACUACCAUGAGUGAGUCUGAUGACUUCACUCUGUCAUCUGAAAUAACCUGUGGAGGAUGGGAGCUGUCUGGUCCGGACUGUGAUGACAUCUUGGUGUUACUCAAGCAACUUAGACUGAAGUACAAUGGCUUUACAGGAACGAAAUGAUACCCUGAGAAAGCUUUCUGAAGAACAAAGUGCCAGAAUAUUACAAGAUGAAAUUCUGGAAAAUCAUCUUUCCAAGCAAAAGGAAAUGGAGAUAUCAAAAGCUAAAAUGAGUUCUGAGAAUAGUGGUCUUGUAGAAAAAAUGGAAGUUGAGUCUUCAAAAUAUGGACAUUUACAUCAAGAAAAUGAACUUCUCCGGCAUGAGUUGCUGUCUAUGACCAAUGUCCAAAAGAAAUGUGGCACACUUGAGAAGGAUAAAAAGAAGUUAGAAGAAGAAAUUGUAAAGCUCAAGAGUCACAUGGCAAAGAAUAUGUUAGAGCUUAGUCAAAUGGAACAAUACAAGCAGAUGAUUGAAGAUGGAACGAAACAGGAGUUAGAGGAGAAACUGACAGAAGUCAAUCUGUUUUUGCAGAAACAAGCAGCAUGUCAGGAGAAGAUAGAACAGUUAAAUGCCUCAUCGAAAAAACACACAGAAGACAGAAUUAAUGAACUGGAAACUGAACUCUCUGAAAUGAGAUGUCAAGUAGAUUCUAGUAAAAUAGAAAGAGAACACUAUAAGCAACUCUAUCUAAAAGAAAUAAAAAUUAGAAAAUCAUUGUCAAAUAAACUAAGCAAGUAA